AUGGACAUCGACCCGCAAUUACAGCGCGCCCGCGACGGGGAUCCCCAACGACCAGUAUACAUGCCAACAACCACAGCCGCGGAAUACCCGGAGCCACCCUCUCACAGGCACCCAGCCCUAAACCUACACCGGGACCUAGCGGGCCCAUCACCAUCAUACAGUCUAGGCGCCGAGCAUGCCUCCGCCAACCAAUCGCCAGACCCAAAUGACGGCCCAGGCGAUACCAAACGCUCUCGCGCCUGCGAGCCCUGUCGCCAACUAAAGGUACGCUGUGACCCAGACCCAGAACACCCAGAUGGAUCAUGUAAACGGUGCGCGAAAGCCCGGCGAACAUGUAUCGUCACGGCGCCGACGCGGAAGCGCCAGAAGAAGACCGAUAGUCGGGUUGCGGAGCUGGAGAGGAAGAUUGAUGCGUUGACUGCGACGUUGCAGACGUCGCAUGCGACUGGGUCGUUAUUUGCUGGUCCUGGGUCUGGGUCGCAGGCUCCGCCGUCUCUUGAAGAUCAUCCUGCUACUAGUCGGCGGUGGCUUUCUGGGGAGUCGAGCUCGAGCUUGGCUGGAAAGAAGCGGCAGCACGGUGGUGAGGCGAAGGAUUCGGCUGGGGCUGGGCUUCUUGGGCCGCGGUAUUCGAGACCUGGGAGUCCAUCUGCAGAGCAGAUUUCUAGUCAGCCGGCUUCGAAGCUGUGGCGUCGACCUGUUGCUGAAAUGCAGAGGCAGGAGGCUGCGGGCGAGUUUGUUGACAUGAUUGAUCGUGGUGUGAUUGAUUUGAAAACUGCCACUGCGGCUUUUGAGCGGUUUAUUUAUCAGAUGGUUCCGGAGUUUCCGUUUGUGGUUUUUCCCCCUGGGACAACUAUGGCUGAGGUGAGGCGUACGAAACCGUUCCUGUUUCUUGCUAUCAUGGGUGUUUCUGUUGGGAUCUUUAAUCCCGAGGCACAGCUUACUCUGAUCAAUGAAUACUACCGUUCGAUUGCUGAGGAGGUUGUUGUCAAGGGCCACAAGACCUUGGAAUUACUCCAGGCCAUUAUGGUUGGUACUAUCUGGUAUAUGCCACCUGACAAUUUCGACGAGAUUAAGUUUUAUACAAUGACGAAUAUGGCCGUGACACUGGCAAUGGAACUUGGUAUGAAUCGUCGGAUGUCUGUGAAUAAAAAGGGGUUCAACAUGAUCCGUGAUUUGAUUAUCAAAAAGCCACUGGGCCCGGCUUUUGAUCCUGAAGGACCGGAGGCGAGGAGGACUUGGGUUGGUUGCUAUUACCUAUCUGUCCAAAUGGCCGCCGCUUUGAGACGUGUGCAUCUAGUUACUUGGCAACCGUACAUGGAUGAAUGUCUUGAGAUUCUAGAUACUCACCCGGAUGCUUUACCUUCUGAUCGGAACUUGAAAUGGUGGGCAAGGCUCGGAAGUAUCAUGGAAGAUGCUGGUGUACGUUCUUCAGAUGACGUUGGCUCGAUUGUCACAUUUGCAGAUAGUAGGGCCUGGCAUGAAAUCAAGUCGUUUGAGAAUCGGUUAUCGCGGUGGAGAGCUGAGGUCCCACGCGACGUCUACACUGGGCCGAUGGUUCAUACCGAAUGUGUUCUGAAUAUCUUCAUACACGAAUCUGUAAUGAGCUUGGACUACAACGCCAUAAACGACUCUCCGCAUGAAUUGCCAAGUGCAUCUGUUGCUGCUGUCAUCGAUGCUUUAACUUCCAUUAUUCGCUCCAUUCACCAGAGUCUCGAUAUAAUUACCUCAAUGGAGAUCGACAGGCUCCUUUCUCUGCCUACCUCGUCUAUAGCUCGGACAUCAUAUCCAGUGGUCGGCCUGAUCAAGAUAUACUCACUUUACAUGUCGCCAGACAGCCGCAUAGGCCGGAUUCUCGAUGUGCAGAGCCUCAAACUGGAUUACUAUCUUGACAAGGUGAUAGCACAGUAUCGUGCUGGCGCAGCGCGCGAUGGAGGCCGUGUAUUGGCCAAAUUCGGAAACAUCUUGGUCUUACUCCGCAACUGGUUUGUCAAAAAGCGAGACCAGGGAGAUCAAGGCCGAGAAUUGAAGGAACUCUUCUCGGCCGGGCAUCAAUCUUCGCAGCCACGCCAACAAGUACAUCCAAGCCCAAACAUCCACAAUGCGACAUCAUCCAAAUCAACACAGAUGGCACCGGGCAUGACACCCCUCCACUUCCUAAGCGAAGUAGCAAUGGGCGACCCAGCCAACCGACCCUCAACCCAACCCAACCUCCAACGCCAAGUAUACCCAACAGACCAAAGUCCAGAAACGAUACAAACACCCACAUCGUCCACCUACAACGCCGACCCAUCUCUCACCCACCAGAAGAAACCAAUGCCCCAAUCACUCUGGCCCGCGGGUUCAUCCUACCAACCCACAGACCCAACCCUCGAAUCGAGAUCAUACUAUCAACCUUACCCACAAACAGAUCAAUCACAAUCAUACCCAGAUAUCCAGACAAAUACUACAGUCACUCAGGGGUAUCCCGAUAUGUCAGCAGUGGCAGGAAUACAACUGGCACCACCGAUGGGAAUGGCCGAGGUUGGUGUAGACGCUGGAUUUGGAGAUCCAUUUUUCACAUUGAAUAAUAUGAUGGAUGAGGGAUUAUUCACGUUCCCGCUUUCUUUUGAUGGGAAUUUUGGAUUGUUUUAA